UUACAACAGCUAUCAGUAAGAUAAUGUUCUUAAUUAAUCAAUGAUUAAUUAGGACAUUAUUACUUAAAUUACCUAUAGUCAUGUGGGGUGCGGUUGUGAUUUUAGCUGUAGUUGCUGCGGCAUCCGCCGAGAGCGUGCUGCAGGCAUCUCCCGAUGUGGCACCACUUGAUUCCCGUAUAGUAUCAGGAUGGGACUCCCAAGAGGGCCAGUUUCCGUACAUGCUGUGGCUGCGUACUGUCAGGUGGACCGGUGACAUCACGGCUUGCGGGGGCUCCAUCAUCCAUCGGAGCUGGGGUCUUACUUCUGCUAGAUGUACCGCUCAACGUAUCGAAAUUACGAUCCACGCGGGAAGCAUCUACCGCAGCAGACCGCGCGUGGUCGUCCAGGCUCGAGACACGUUCAGGCCACCAGGCUACGAUGAUGCUAUGCAGCCCAUCACCCAGCCUAAUGACAUCAGUGUUAUGAGGUUCAGCACUGAUCUUACUUUUAACGAGCACAUCCAACCAAUCAGGCUGCAGCGUUCAGAACAUAAGGACCGCGAUUACACCGGCGUGCUGAUGACUACCAGCGGUUGGGGCACGCAGUGGACGUGUCUCGAAGUUGGAUGUUAUACUCCAGAGAGACUGCAGUGGGUGCACCUGAAUGGAAUAUCCAACUUCGUGUGUCUGUUGUUUAUAAACUCCAACUACCUGGUCAGACCCACCACCGUCUGCGCUUCAUUCUACAACGUCACCACCCAGUCUAUAUGCUCUGGUGACAGUGGAGUUCCCCUGACUAUGGUGGAAGACGAUGGAGUGCUGACACAAGUGGGGGUCGGUUCCUUCGUCUCUGGCUUCGGUUGUCAUGUUGGCCUGCCUAGCGGUUUCACUCGCCCAGGCCACUACCAGGAUUGGAUGCGCCAAGUGACUGGCAUCAACUUUGACCAGCGCGUCGUACCAAAUGAUGAUGCAGUCGAUGUAGAUCCUUCAGGAAAUCUAGAGCUAAAGGAUUUUAAGCCGCAAGAAGAAGAAGUUAGAGCUUAGUUUCUUUUUAAAGAGAAAUGAAUAAGGUUCAAGAUUGAAUUUCUGGAAAAACUGCAACUGAUUUUCGUUUGUGUUCAAAUCUGUUUUGUCUUGGUUGUUUUUUAAAUAAAAAUCUAGUCACUUUCUGCUACAGCUUAACAAGAAAUUUAAACCCACAUGUCUCAGUGUUGCCUAAAACGACAACAGCGCCAUUAGUGAAAGGUCUUCCCGUUUUUUUUUUUCAUGUUCGAAUAAUUAUUUCACGGUCGAAGUCAAAGUUAUUCAUCUUUAUUUAAAUACAAGGUUUUCAAAUUACUAAGUCCCAAAUAAAUACAAUCACUCUAUCCCA